AUAGGCCCAGUUUCUGAAGGAUCGGACGGGAUGGGAGGGGUCAGAACGUCGGGUUUCGUGCCAACGUGUUACGGAUGUGGUAUGGUUGGGCACAUUCGAAGGGAAUGUCCUAAUCGUCCGCAUGUUGGAGGAGUGAACAAUUAUUCAGGGGCGAUGGUUAAUGUGCAGCCAGCGCAACCAUUACUGGCACUACCGGUGCCGCCGAGCACAAGAGGACAGGUCCAGCCGACCCAGUAUCAAGCCCCGAGGUCGAAUAAUUGUCACCCGAGGAUGGGAGAGAGGGUUGAUAAGAUUGAAGAGAUUGUGGGAAGGCUGGACACACGAGAUCGAUGGCAGCAGGAAAAGGAGGAACAAAAAAAUAGGAAGCGUGAGGAAGAAGAGGGUAAGGCCACGCGAGAGAAAGAACGAAAGGAUCUGGAAGAGGCUAUAGGAGCUCAAAUGGAGACUAGGUUCAAAAACAUGUAUGAGGUGUACUUCGGAAAGAAGAAGGAGGAAGGGAGCGAGAUUGACAAGUUGAAGAGGCAAGUGGAACAACUGCACGCGGCAUCAACAAGUCAAGGAAAGACUGUGUUGUGGAGAGGGACGGAAGGAGAACAAAGGCAGCUGGAGGAUUCACGUAGAUGGGAGGGAGACUUGUUAAGGACGCUGGUCGGCCUGGAUCUAUGGUCCAGGGGUAUCUACUGUCAGCAGAGGUGCUUAGAAACUACGGAGACAACGAUAGGGGUUAGUGACGAGGCUGCAAGAUUGAGGCGCGAGAUGGACGAGUUUCAACGAGAGGCAGCGUUGGGAAGGAGUGGACUUGAAAAAAGGCUGGAAUUGCUAGCUCUGGAAAAUGAGCAGUUAAGGAAGCGAACGGAGAGGGCCGAUCAGGAAGUGCUGAUCUGGAAAGGAGAAGCCUUACGACCGGGUAACAAACGAGGACAGGUUGCGCUACAAGGAACGACCACGACUGGAGGAAGCCAAGGGCGGACGAGAGCUAGAAUUGUAUUGGAGCCUUUAGGUGGAACCAGCAGCAUGAGAGAACUAAAAAAUCAGCGGGCCAAAUAUCAAGCUACUUUGGAUGAAGUCGAUAUCCUCAAGAAGAUAAAGGUGGAUGCCUUGGCGGAAGCGAUAAAGCAAAAGGAAAGGGAUGAACGUCUGGUCAACAUGGGCAAGGUAGCCGGAACCCCGGUGAGCAAUCUCCGUUUACAUUUAGAGCAGGUCGCAGGAAAGAAGAGUGAGCAAGGCAUAAAGAAGAGCAAGUGUAAAGCGGCGCCUGGAAUAACUUCAAGCAAUAUGAAGAAAGUUAACAAUCGAUGUCAAUUUAUCAAGGAGCAGAAGAAGGGAUUGGGUAAAAAAAACAAAGCACAAUUGACGGAGAUAUGCGAAAGGAUGGGACUUACGUAUAAGAAGAUUGACAUUACGGUGGAUGAGAUCAUGGAGCGACGGGUGAACGAUGCGUUUGGUAGUUUUGACUCAGCAAGGAUGCAUCUGACAAGGGAGAAAUCGGAUCAGGAGGAAGUAGAAAGGAUGAAACUAGUGAAGAUGUCGCAGCGGUGCAUGAGGUGCAAUCGGACUGUUAAUGACAGUACUCGGAUGCGACACUAUGAAAGUUAGCAGCGCUGAACGUGCCUUUAGUCCAUGUAACCCGACACU